UAUAUUUUUCCCCCAAUUUCCCCCAACAAUUACGACAUUAUUCCGUACUUUCGAUACUUUUGUGCGUGUGAGUCAUAUUGGGAGCAGAUGACAACAAGCCGAAGAUGGUCGACAAAUUAGUGAACAGUGAAGCAAAUGCUCGCCGAAUCGCCAUGGUCGAAGGCUGCUUCGGCAGUUCUGGUCAUCCUCUUGGGAUACCAGGGCGGGUGUUGGUUGGUGAAGGAGUCUUGACAAAAAUGUGCCGGAAAAAGCCUAAAGCUAGGCAGUUUUUUUUAUUCAAUGAUACAUUGGUUUAUGGAAACAUUGUGAUUAGCAAAAAAAAGUAUAACAAGCAACACAUUAUCCCAUUGGAAGAGAUUAAACUUCAGUCUCUGGAAGAUGAUGGGCCUUACAGGAAUGGUUGGUUAAUUUGUACUGCAUCAAAAUCUUUUGCUGUUUAUGCUGCCACAGCAACUGAAAAAGCUGAAUGGAUUGCCCACAUUAACAAAUGUGUUGAAGACCUUUUACGCAAAAGUGGGAAGAAACCGCUAGGAGAACAUGCCGCCGUGUGGGUUCCAGACGCCGAGGCGAAUGUUUGUAUGCACUGCAACAAGUCACAGUUCAAUGUGUUAAAUAGAAGGCAUCAUUGCCGAAAAUGUGGAGCAGUUGUUUGUGGCCCGUGUUCCAAUAAGAAGUUUUUAUUACCCGUUCAGUCAGCCAAGCCUUUAAGAGUCUGCCUCACCUGUCACGAUGUUUUAACUAAAACCAAAAAUAAUGGAGGACCUAAUGUGUCUUUGAACGGGGACCUGAGCAUGGAUUCUUCUGGUGAAGAUGACGACGACGAUGAUGAGGAUCCAGAAAAUCUUUCUUCUUCGAAUGAAGCGAAAUUUUAUGGAGAAAUUCAAAAGUGAUUUCAAGGAUUCAUGGGCUACGCCGAUUCCCAACCGAAGUCUGCCUUUUUUUUAAGUGAAUCUUCUUUGUUUUAGUCAUCAGCGAGUCCUUCCGAGUCCUGCCUUCAUAUUGGUAGGAAAACAUGGAAAUGAAUUCUCACUUUAGGUUAGACUUCACAACACUUCAUAGUUUCAUGAUUUUAAUGGAAUCACCCCCAGGUGUAUUUUCAUUCAUCAAAUUUCAUAGAAUUCAUCAUCCAUCAACUGCUUUAAAUUCGUUUUUUUUUCUAGUUUUCCAACUUGUUCAUUGUGAAACAUCAUUGAUUGCUAUAGUGUGCCUUAAGUAUAAGUAAUAUUUUUCUCGUUUGUUUGGAGUAUUCCGUUCCAAAUUGUCGUCAUAUUCCCCUUUUUCAAUGAAUGUACUCAUCAUGUUUGACAUAUAAUAGAGUUCGUGCAUACUGCACUAUUUCAAGCUA